UCGUUAGGCAUUGUUGUUCACGCGGCAUUGAAGAGUGAAAUUACCCUUGUCGGUAAUCCACUGAAGAAGGAACAACUCACCCUCUGCAAAGCAAGGAAGAAGGAGACGGAGGAGGCAAGUGAGUGGUGAUACCAACGAUUACCCGAAGAUGGCGCUUCAGUGGAUUAUUCUCACCUAUGUUGUUGCAGCUGAGGCAGCCAUUGCUGUUCUCCUCACUCUUCCCUCUCCCAAGCUCCUCAAGAACCAUUUCGUCUCUCUUAUUUCCCUCAUUCUUCAACCCGCCCUUUUCAUUGUUCCCUUCUCUGUCUUCCAGCUUCUCGAUAUAUACUGGAAAAAGGAGCAUCGGUUGAUGUGUACUUCUGAGGUCUGUACUGCUGCAGAGAGAGACCGAUAUGAGAAAUCUAUCUACAAAGCCCAGGGAAAUGUGAUUCUUUGUGUUGCAGCAUGCUUUCUCUACUGGUGUAUAUACCGUAUUUGUAAAUACCAGAAGGAGAUCCAAAGUCUGGAGGAAGUGGAGAAAAGAUACAAGGCUCAAUAGUUUUCAUAAGGCCACACCGUCUCUGCUCGGGAUCUCCUUAGUACUAUCAAUCCUGAAGCUUAGAUGUUAGUGCUUUUGUAAACUCUGUACAGUUGUCCUAAUUUUAUAUAUUUCCUUUUCACUAAAAAAAAAAAAAAAAAUUUUCAUAAGGCCUCAUGGUGUAUUGAUGGGUUUAGUUCAACUUGAAAGCCAAAUGAUGCUAUUACUCUAUUAUGUGAUUUUUUUUUCUUUCCCCCUAAAAUUACGGUUCUGUUGGACGUUGUAUUUGUAUAUGUUUCCAAUUUACUCUCCAUGUUAGCCCAA